AUGAAGCUUCUCUCUGUUUGUGCGGUUGCUUUGUUGGCGACACAGGCAGCGAGUGCGUCCAUCAGACACAAGCUUAAUGGCUUCACUCUCACAGAGCACGCGGACCCUGCGAAGCGGGAACUGCUGCAGAAACAUGUCGCCUGGGAUGACAAGUCUCUCUUCAUCAAUGGCGAGAGGAUCAUGAUAUUCAGUGGUGAAUUCCAUCCGUUCAGACUUCCGGUCCCCUCGCUGUGGAUUGAUAUUCUCCAGAAAAUAAAGGCACUGGGCUUCAACUGCGUCUCAUUCUACAUCGACUGGGCGCUUCUUGAAGGAAAGCCGGGGGAAUACACUGCCGAGGGGAACUUUGCCCUAGAACCAUUCUUCGACGCAGCUAAGAAGGCUGGAAUCUAUCUCCUUGCACGCCCGGGCCCUUACAUCAACGCCGAGGUUUCUGGCGGUGGGUUCCCCGGAUGGUUGCAGAGGGUUAAUGGAACUCUGCGCUCAGCCGAUCCAGCGUUCUUGAAGGCCACCGACAAUUACAUCUCCAAUGUGGCCAAGACUAUCGCCAAAGCUCAAAUCACAAACGGCGGACCAGUGAUACUAUACCAACCUGAGAAUGAGUACAGCGGCGCUUGCUGUGAUCAGAAAUUCCCUGAUCCAGACUACAUGCAAUAUGUCAUCGACCAGGCUCGUGACGCUGGGAUUGUGGUCCCAAUGAUCAGCAACGAUGCCUAUGCAGGAGGACACAAUGCUCCUGGAACGGGCAAUGGAGAGGUUGACAUUUAUGGCCAUGAUAGCUAUCCGGAAAUCCAAGCGUGUGGCCAGAAGGUAGCUUGCCUACCAAUUUCCGGAAGGAUCACCUUGCGCAAAGCCCCAACACCCCGUACUCUCUCGUUGAGGUGGGCAUCUCCGGAUCCCCUAUGUUGUCGGUCUCUAAACAUUACGCAGUUUCAAGCAGGUGCCUUCGAUCCGUGGGGUGGUCCAGGGUUUGCAGCAUGCGCUGCACUUGUCGACCACGAGUUCGAAAGAGUCUUCUAUAAAAACGACCUAAGCUUCGGGUCUGCCAUUCUGAACUUGUACAUGACCUUUGGCGGAACAAACUGGGGGAAUCUGGGUCAUCCCGGAGGAUACUCCUCCUACGAUUACGGCUCGCCUCUGACCGAAUCUCGUAACAUCACGCGGGAGAAGUACAGUGAGCUCAAGUUGAUUGGCAACUUUCUCAAGGCAUCGCCAUCCUACCUUGUGGCUACUCCUGGUAGCCUGAGUACCACUGGAUAUGCCGAUACUGCCGAGUUGAUUGUAACUCCGCUGCUUGGUAACGGGACUGGAUCGUACUUUGUUGUCAGACACACGGAUUACACCAGCCAGAAGUCCACUUCUUACAAGCUCACCCUCCCGACCAGUGCUGGCAAAGUCACUAUUCCCCAGCUUGGUGGCACCUUGUCACUGAAUGGCCGCGAUUCCAAGGUUCAUGUUGCCGAUUACAAAGUUGCGGGCACCAAUAUCCUCUACUCGACUGCUGAGGUGUUUACCUGGAAGAAAUUUGCAGAUGGUAAGGUACUGGUGCUGUACGGCGGACCCGGUGAACAUCACGAGUUCGCCAUUUCGUCGACAUCCGACGUUAAAAUCGUCGAAGGGUCCAAGUCCGGAAUCGAAUCGAAGAACAUCAGCGGUGCUGUGGUGGUUGCUUGGGAUGUAUCUGCUACGCGACGUAUCGUUCAGAUUGAUGACCUCAAGGUCCUCCUUCUUGAUAGAAAUUCCGCGUACAACUACUGGGUACCACAGCUGGACGAGGAUGGCUCGUCAACAGGCUACAGCACGGAAAAGACCACUGCGUCGUCCAUUAUUGUCAAGGCUGGUUAUCUCGUCCGAACGGCAUACACCAAGGGCUCUGGUCUCUAUCUUACCGCCGAUUUCAAUGCAACGACCCCCCUCGAAGUGAUCGGAGCCCCAGAAACAGCCAAGCACUUGUUUAUCAAUGGCAAAAAGACUCAAGUCAAUGUGGAUAAGAACGGGUUUUGGUCCACCAAGGUUGAAUACAGUCCUCCUAAGAUUCAACUGCCUAAUUUGAAGAAUUUGGAUUGGAGAUACCUUGACACCCUACCUGAGAUCCAGUCUUCGUACGAUGACUCCGCGUGGACGGCUGCCGACCUGAAGACAACUCCCAACACCUUGCGACCUCUCACCACUCCGACGUCGCUGUAUUCAUCUGAUUACGGCUUUCAUGCCGGCUACUUGAUCUACCGCGGCCACUUUGUAGCGGACGGUAGCGAAACCACGUUCGACGUGCGCACCCAGGGUGGCUCGGUAUUUGGAAGCUCUAUAUGGUUGAAUAGAACGUUUCUAGGAUCCUGGACUGGGCUCAACGCGGACGCGGAUUACAACUCGACCUAUAAGCUACCUAAGGUUGAGUCAGGCAAGCCCUACGUUUUCACUGUCGUUGUUGACACAAUGGGACUCGACGAGAACUGGGUUGUCGGCACAGACGAGAUGAAGAACCCCCGUGGCAUCCUAUCCUAUAAACUCUCCGGCCGAGACUCCGAUGCCAUCACCUGGAGGCUGACUGGCAAUCUGGGUGGCGAGGACUAUCAGGACAAGAUCAGAGGCCCCCUGAACGAAGGCGGAUUGUACGCCGAGCGGCAAGGGUUCCACCAGCCCCAGCCUCCAAGCACGAGAUGGGAAUCCGCCAGUCCACUUGACGGCCUAACCAAGCCGGGCAUCGGGUUCUACAGCGCCAGAUUCGAUCUCGACAUCCCCCGCGGCUGGGACGUGCCGCUGUACUUGAACUUCGGCAACAGCACCACGAGCGCCGCGUACCGGGUGCAGCUGUACGUGAACGGAUACCAGUACGGCAAGCUGGUUAGCAAUAUCGGCCCCCAGACGAGCUUCCCGGUUCCGGAGGGUAUCCUGAACUACCGCGGGACCAACUGGAUUGCGCUGACGCUGUGGGCUCUGGAGUCGGCAGGUGCCAAGCUGGAGAGCUUUGAGCUGGCGAACACCACUCCAGUCUUGACUGCACUUUCGGAGGUGGAGGCAUCGAAGCAGCCGAAGUACAGCCCACGCAAGGGAGCUUAUUAG